UCUCUUAACUUACUUGGUUUUGGGCUGCUUCUCAUAUAAAAGGAUCAGAAAAGCCGCCCAUCGUUCAGCAUCUCCAGCCUUUGUUUCUGCAUCAGGAUUUCGUAGGAGUGCUCAAAAGACUAAGCAAAUAUGCAGAAUGAGGAGGGACAAAACAUGGACCUGUACAUCCCAAGGAAGUGCUCGGCCACUAACAGGCUGAUCACUUCCAAGGAUCACGCCUCUGUCCAGAUUAACAUUGGUCAUGUUGAUGAGAGUGGCAGAUACACUGGUCAAUUUUCAACUUUUGCUCUUUGUGGAUUCAUCCGUGCCCAGGGUGAUGCUGACAGUGCGCUUGAUAGGCUGUGGCAGAAGAAGAAAGUUGAAGCCCAACAGCAGUAGAUGGGCCUUUUUUUUCGGAAGUUGUCAUGGAUGUUUUUCCGAGUACUAUGAGAAUUCUCAGAUGUGCAGUUCACAACACAUCUAUUUACAUGUUUGCUUAAGUUAGUAUUAGUGGAUUACGAGCUUCCUUUAACCUUGUAUGUUCUGUUCCUUUUAUUUUGAAAUACAGUACAUCUUUUGUUCAUCA